CAAAGCAAAUCAAAAGGUCGUUGACCGGUUUCACAGUGUCACCUUUCAUUUCAAAACAACCAAAGAAAAGUACUAUAGCAAUGGCUAUGUCUUCAACCUUUACUACCUCAAAUCCUUACUUACUUCAAAACUACGUCGUUUUUUCUCCACAUUCAACCCCUUCUUCCACUUUCGGUUACCAAUCAACCUUGUUUGCCUCCAAAUUGACCAAGAAAUGCCUCUCAUUCACCGCCAUCAAAACCCGACCCGAUCCAUUUUCUCGCCCGGUUCUGAAUCCGAUAUCUGCAUCAGCUCAGACUUUUGAUGUCGUCGUAGUUGGAGCUGGAGUUAUCGGGUUGACCAUCGCCCGACAAUUCCUUCUCGGGUCGGAUCUGUCUGUCGCCGUGGUCGACAAAGCCGUUCCUUGCUCAGGUGCCACUGGUGCUGGGCAGGGUUACUUAUGGAUGGCACACAAGACUCCUGGUAGUGAUAUAUGGGACCUCGCUUUGAGAAGCCAUGAGCUAUGGCGGGAGUUGGCUGGGAAUCUCAAGGAACAAGGCAUGGAUCCUCAAGAGCAUAUGGGUUGGAAGAACACAGGAAGUUUGCUAAUUGGUAGAACCCCUAAGGAGGUAGAUGUUUUAAAAAAACAGGUGAAGUCGCUACAAGAUGCUGGGGUAAGAUCGGAGUUUCUGUCUGCUACUGAUUUGCUUUCAAAAGAACCUUCUCUCCUGAUUGAAAAUGAUGGUGGGGCUGCUUUUCUGCCCGGAGACUGUCAACUGGAUGCUCUUCGUGCAGUUGACCUUAUUCUAAAGGCUAACAGACAUUUUAUAUCAAAAGGCAGAUAUGCAGAGUUCUUUUAUGAUCCAGUUACAACUCUAAUAAGAACAGGUAGCAGUGGCAAGGUCAUAGGUGUUAAGACUGCAAAGAAUACACUGUUCUGUAACAAGGCAAUUAUAGUUGCGGCUGGUUGUUGGAGUGGAUCUUUGGUGCAGGACCUGUUUAGAGAUUCAGGAAUUGUAUUGGAUGUCCCAGUAAAACCUCGAAAGGGUCAUCUGCUAGUGCUUAAGAAUUUCAAUUGUCUUCAACUGAAUCAUGGUAUGAUGGAGGCUGGAUAUCUUGAUCAUAAAACUGCAGCUCAACUUCCUAAUACCUCAGCUUCAGUCAUAUCUGAUCAUGAUCAAAACUUGUCAAUUUCAAUGACUGCCACCAUUGAUUCAAUGGGGAAUGUAGUCCUCGGGAGUAGCCGCCAGUUUGCAGGUUUCAACACUGAAACAGAAGAAUCUGUGAUAAAUCUCAUAUGGGAGCGAGCUAUGGAUUUCUUUCCCAAAUUAAGAGAACAAACCCUCUCUGAUUUUAUCGAAAGACGUGAAGUUAGAGUAGGACUACGACCAUACAUGCCUGAUGGAAAACCAGUAAUUGGACCUGUCCCAGGGCUGUCAAAUGUGUUGCUUGCAACUGGACAUGAAGGUGGAGGACUUUCUAUGGCCCUGGGGACUGCUGAAAUGGUUGCGGAUAUGGUGCUGGGCAAUCCAGAGAAAGUUAAAUCUGCACCUUUUGCUGUUCAAGGUCGAUGUUGUUGAAAAGUAUCAACCAAUCAAUGAACGCACUUUCAUUUUCCUGAUCAUUGGUAUGUUUGAAAGCACUCCCAUGCAUUUCACUCUAAUCUUUUGGUCACACCUGCCAGAGCUAAAUCAUCCUAAGUUUUGUUUUGAGGAUAAUUUGUGCUCAUUCCUUGCUAUUUUACAUGCCGUUGUUUUCGCCCCUACUAAAUGUUUUUAUUUCAUCUUGCUGACCAUAUGUGCACAAGAACAAUGUACCAUAAAUAUUUGCUCAGAAAUUUUGCUAUUUCACAAUAAUGCCACGGCUUAAAUUGAACUGUAAUAUAUUUAGCUUAGUGUUGAAUUUGAAACUGCUUUUUGUGUUUAGCUAUAGCUAAAGAAGUGGCUUAUAAUGUUUGGACAACACAAUUCAAACGAAUCAUAUAACUUGUUUUCCUAUGUUCUCAAGCAUGUCAAUGGAAAAUCAGCUCUCUUGACUCUUGCUCUUUCGUUCAUAAGUAAUCAGAAUGAAACCUUAUGAGUAAAUUUCUUCAUCAAAAUCUCCACUCUGCAGCACAAAACAAGGUCUUCUGAUGGAUUUCUCCACUCAUUUGUGUGAGAAGUGUCCUUGAAAAUUAGGGUAUGGAUGUAAUAGCCAAUGAACUGGAUUUUGUAUUUACUGCAUGAGUUUUAAACCUUUUUUCUUUUACAGAAGUUAUGAUUUUGUUUUUCUAAGCAAAUGUACCUUGUUCUUCGUGUACUCAAAAUUCAAUAUAUUUGAAAAAAAAAAUAUAUGAAAAUAAUUGGUUAAGAA